AUGCCAGGUUACAUGCCAGUCUACCUGCCAGUCUACCUGCCAGUCUACAUGCCAGGCUACCUGCCAGGUUACAUGCCAAGCUACAUGCCAGGCUACCUGCCAGGCUACCUGUCAGGCUACAUGCCAGGCUACAUGCCAGUCUACCUGCCAGGCUACAUGCCAGUCUACAUGCCAGGCUACCUGCCAGGUUACAUGCCUGGCUACAUGCCAGUCUACCUGCCAGGCUACAUGCCAGUCUACAUGCCAGGCUACAUGCCAGUCUACAUGCCAGGCUACCUGCCAGGUUACAUGCCUGGCUACAUGCCAGGCUACCUGCCAGGUUACAUGCCUGGCUACAUGCCAGGCUACAUGCCAGGCUACUUGCCAGGCUACAAGCCAGUCUACCCGCCAGUCUACCCGCCAUGCUACCCGCCAGGUUACCUGCCAGGCUACCCGGCCAGGCUACCCGGCCAGGCUACCUGCAAGGCCCCAUAG